AUGAAGUCCUUGCGGUGGUCGGCUGUUCUCCUGUCUGUGCUUGCUUUGGCAGAUUUCUCCAUCUGCUCGACUGAGUCAGAUGAGGUUGAGGUUUCGUCGAGCUCGUUGGAGUCCGAGAUUCCCUUGACGACGGAGGAGACGGACUUUUCGUCGGUUUGGUCUGACGAGAUUCCCACUGCUUCCGUUGAGGGGGAUCUUCCAUCUACUUCGGAGGAACCGGAUGCAGCAGAGUCUGGGGACUCAAAAGUCGCUGAAGAAGCUGAGCUUCCUGAGUUUGGAUCGGAGCCGGAGACUCCAUCGCUGCCAACUCUUCAGCCCUUCGACGCCGCUGCCCACUCCGCGUAUGGCAAAACACCCACCGGAGAGAGAAUUCUGGACAUCAUCCCCGUCGUCCGUGACGGCCUCACCUGUCCCUCCGGCAUGGAGCCCGCAACCUCAAACUCGUGGGAUGGCAUCCACCAAUGCGAAUAUGGCGUCUACAGCGCCCAGAUCCCCAAGCAAUACCAAUCGAGCGAUUGGCAAUGCUGCUAUAGCGAGCAGGGGUCCUUUGUCCUGUCUGUCCCCGGCGAGCCAUCAGAAAGCUAUCCCACCUGGGACACGCGGUACAUUCUGGACGAAGCGCCGUGCUGUCGGGGAUUGAGCGAGCAAGACGCACUGUUCGACGCAUCCAGCAAACAAUGCCAGUACGGCAAGGCUGUUCUGAACCUCCCCGGCUCCGACUAUCUCACCAAGUGCUGCUGGGAUGAGGAGCUGAACAACUGGAGCAUCCACUUGAAGCAGCACUGGCCGUUCAAGACGAUGCCCGUGAACAAGGAGUGGGCGCAGGAUGUAGGAUUCGGCCAUGCAACGCUCAUCGUGAAGCACGCCAACAUCUACGGGCACCAUAUCGAUCUCGCUGUUCAGGGCGUGUUUGGCGAUCUGUUCGAUGAAACCCGUACAGUGAGAUUGGCGUUCAGCCAUAAGUGGACUCGCGUGACGCGGUUCGAGGUCCGGGUGCCGAUUCUUUACUCCACGCUGUAUAUUGAUGUCGAGUCGGUGGUUAAUGAGGAUAACACGGUCUCGUUGAGGAUUCACUGGACUGGAACGAAGUUGUUGGUGGGUCUGAAUGAGAGUACGUUUGUGUUGCGGUUUGAUUCGUCUGACUUUAAGGGGUUGAUGGAGACGUAUCCGGCUUGUUAA